UAGGUACCCACGAUUUCUGCGAAAAUUAUAGGAAUUUCCUUUUGUUCACAAUUGCAUUAUAUGCGUAUAUAAUUAAAAACAACUUUUUUAUUAUCACAUUAUAUUUUCACCGCAAUUAUUGACAACGUACACAACAUGUAAUUUGUCAAGAUUGAGAAAAAUACUGUGUGCACACUUAGUAGAUGUAUAGGUACUCGUUUAAUUAAUGAGAAAAAUAAUUUCAUGCAAUCAAAUAAUACCAUGUUAUGGAAAUCGGAUAAUUGAUAUGAAGGUACAAUGUCAACUUCAUGAUUAGUCCGAAAUCACAUUUUGUUUAGAACACAGUGACAGUGAAAAACAAUUACAAAACAACUAGAAGUCAUUGCUAGUUCCAAGUAUCUUUUCGCAUAAUGAAUCAUCAAUUUGUGAUGUUCCUUCUCGGAAUCUUAUUUUCAACUCAUAUUAUGGCUAUCACAGAUUUACCUCCCGGAUUUCCUAGAUGUAAGAGGACUGAUCCAAAAAUGGAAGAAUGCCUUAUCGCUGCCACCAAUCAAGUACGACCAUACAUAAUAGGGGGUAUCCCAGAUUUUCUUCCCCCUUUAGAAAAUUUCACUGUUCCUAAAAUAACAUUGGAAGAUGGUAAAGGAGCUCUGAAUUUCAAAGCUGAGUUGAUAAAUGUAACAUUGAUGGGUUUGGAGAAAUAUAAAUUCACGAGAUACAAUUUUGAUGUUGCCAAUAAGUCAUUCUUAAUAAAAGUAGAAUUCUCUCAUCUUUAUCUGAAAGGGAAAUAUGUCAUGACUGGUCAAUUGCUACUUGCACCUAUCAAAGGCGAUGGGGAUUUUCAUGGUAACAUAAGUAAAUGCAGUUGCUCGAUUUACCACACUGUUGAUAUAGUAAACAAGCAUGGAAUUGAUUACUUGAAACCUCAACUAACCACCCCCAAAAUUGAUAUCGGUAAAAUAACGGAUUACGGUCUGGUGGGUCUAUUCAAGGAGAACAAAGAUUUGGAAAGAGCUACACAGAAUAUAAUAAAGAAUAAUCUCAACGUUAUAGUUGAAGAAAUGUUACCAGCUAUUGAAAAAGUACUUGGUGCAAUUUUCGAUAAAGUUAUAUUCAAAUCUGUAACGAAAAUACCUUAUAAUAAGUUGUACCCUGAAUAACAGUAUUUAAUAAAAAGUCUUUGGAAAAACUCAUGGUUUCGCUUAUUUUA